CUUUAGAAAAUAUAUUACGCGACUUGUAAUUUUGGUAUUCUGUACAGCGGCGGCUGGUACCGUACGGAAUAAACAUCAGCAUCGUCCGACUCUCGCCCCAAGACAGCUGCAAGACAAGCUGCAAUCUAUCCCACCACAACCUCCAUCACCAACAACUAGUAUAUCGCUGGUUUCUUUAUUAGUUGACUGGAUCACAAUUAAUUCUCACAGCAAAGGGCAAUAUACCCCUGAAACAUGGAUUUAGUAGGGGGCGACUCGCCCUGGGGUGACGUUCCGUCCCAGUCCACACCUACCGAAAGGCAAGAAUCUUCUGCCACUGCAAACGAGACCGAGCAACGCCCCCUCUCAACCUUAACAGCCCCCCGAUCUCCGCUAGGCAGAGGACCGCGCACCCCUCGCAAAAUCAGCGCACAGGCAACGAGGCUGGAAGCCGUCGACGACUCUCUCGAUCCGCUUGGCCCGUUGGGCGACAAGUCCUUCCCUUCCAUCCCGUCAUACCCGGACCAAGCCCCGACCCCUCCCCGAAAAGAACCUUUCGCGAGCAGAAAUGUCCGUCCGGCCUCAUCUACAUCCCAGUCGUCCGCUGGCGGGUUGAUGGACUCUGUGGACUUGGACGAUGAGGGCCAGCCUGCGCGUGCGAGAAUGAAGGGCCCUCCGCCUGUCCACUCCCCUAUUGAUGCCCCGAAGCGCCAGACGCAGCCAAGUAUUCCUGUCGAACAGGCUGCGAAACCGUCGUUUGAGAUUACAGUUGGAGAUCCGCACAAAGUUGGGGAUAUUACAAGCAGUCACAUUGUAUAUCAAGUUAGGACGAAGACUACGUCUAAAGCGUAUCGGCAACCCGAAUUCACAGUUAGCCGGCGGUAUCGAGAUUUCCUAUGGCUAUAUAACUCGUUGCACAGUAAUAACCCUGGGGUCGUGGUUCCCCCACCUCCGGAAAAGCAGGCUGUGGGCCGUUUUGAUACAAACUUUGUUGAAUCGCGAAGAGCCGCAUUAGAGCGUAUGCUCAACAAAAUUGCCGCGCAUCAUAUACUACAGCACGAUGGAGACCUGAAAAUCUUCCUGGAGAGCGAUACUUUCAACCUGGAUGUGAAGAACAAAGAGAACCGCGAACCAGAUAUCGGCCAAAGUAAAGGCAUGUUCAGCUCAUUAGGCAUAUCUGUUGGCGGGCCGGGCAAGUUUGUUGAACAUGAUGAUUGGUUUCACGAUCGCAAAAUAUACCUUGAUGCCCUGGAGAAUCAGCUGAAAGGGUUAUUAAGAGCCAUCGACACUGUGGUUGCGCAACGAAAGGGCCUUGCGGAGGCUGCGAAUGACUUCUCAGCAUCGCUUCAUUCCCUCGCGACUGUCGAACUUUCUCCAACGCUCUCAGAACCGCUCGAGGGACUAUCAGAUCUACAGCUAAGAAUAAAGGAACUCUACGAACGCCAGGCCCAACAGGAUAUUCUGACGCUAGGAAUUACGAUUGACGAAUAUAUCCGCCUAAUCGGAAGUGUCAAGAUGGCAUUCUCUCAACGGCAAAAAUCUUUCCACAAUUGGCACGCGGCUGAAUCGGAACUUCAAAAGAGGAAAAACUCCCAGGACAAACUCCUCAGACAGGGCAAGUCCCAGCAGGAUAGGCUGAACCAGGCUGCCGCAGACGUGGCUGAUGCGGAGCGGAAGGUACAUCAGACCCGUCUUUUGUUUGAAGACAUGGGUAGAAUUAUGCGGAAUGAGCUAGAGAAAUUUGAGAAGGAGAAGGUGGAGGACUUUAAAUCUGGCGUCGAAACGUUUUUGGAGAGUGCUGUUGAGGCUCAGAAGGAGUUGAUUGAACUUUGGGAGACAUUCCUCCUACAACUUGAUGCUGACGACGAUACAAACCCUUAUUACAACAAACUUGAACCCGCAACGUCGGAGGCUGUGACAGGUGCUUCCGAUGGCGGACAUGAUGUAGAGCCUACUACCACAGAACAGGAGGCAUGAUUAUCAGGGUAUUUUCGUUUCCGUUACUCGUUUCUUCCUUGCUUCCUCUAUCUCCUACUUGUGCGCAACAACUGUAUAGCAGAGAGUAAAUUUGAUGAUGACAUUCCGAAGAUUUGUUCCUUUGUGAGUUACAUAAUUUAUGCCGUCGAAAUUAUCGAACCGUCUUGUCUGGCCAUAGUUUACGUCUGCUAGGAUCAUAUAUUUCAUUUCGGUGAUAUAUUUCGUACUUUGACCUUGGAAUGCUUGGAAUGGCCAUCAGGCUUCAUUGAGUCGCUCGACAUGGGUAUAUUCGAAUAAUGAGCCCUCACGCCUAACUUAAGAUGCAUUAUGCAGGCCUGGUCCUAUCUUCCACGAUAGCUGUCCUAGAAUCUAGAGAAGAUAUCACUACAUCGAUCUGUUAAUAUCACAUUCACAGUAAUUCACACUACACUAUACAGAACAUACAAGAAGAGGGAAAAGUUUCUCAACCAGGAAAAAAACAAAAUACUCCAUACAUAUUCAUACAAUCCCAUAUAUAAAAUAAUAAAAAAAAAAAAAAAAGCAAGUCUUAGCACAGAAACAUAGGUAAACAAUUAAAGAAGAAGAGGAGCCUAGAUCCCCUUAUUUCUUCUUCCCCUUCCCUUUCCCCUUCUCCGGCUGAGCCUCCUGACUCCCCUCCGUCUGACCAAACGAGCUAAUCAAAUCCAACAAAUUAUCCUCUUCCUCAUCCUCCUCAAACUCAAACUCCACAGCCGUAUCCUCAGCCUGCUUCGCAUCAACCCCAGCCUGUCCUGCCGCAGCAGUCGUAGUAGUGGUAGCAGGAGUAGCAGACGCAGCAGCAGCAGAAGAAGCUCCUUCCGCGGCCGCCGUACCCGUCGCAUCCCAACUCCGACCAAACUUGCUUCUAAACGCCGCUAGCCGCCCUGCCUCAUCCUCCUCGACGUUUCGCAGCUUCUCGCUGGACGGGUUCCACAGUGGUGCGUUGCGCGUGUCGCGUGUUGAGCGGUAGACGGCAAUGGGGGAAGUGGUGCGGUGGGUGAAGGUGCUGCCGUCCGAGAGGGUUAUGAGCUGGGUGAAGGUGUAUGGGCGCUUGGGCCGUCUGAGGAGUGUUGCAUGUCUGCAUUGUGUGUAGAUGAAGGUGGUUCUGGUGGGAUUGGAGAGGGCGGUGGUGGAUGUCCGGCGGAUGGGGAGGUGGAGGGACAUUCUUCUCUUGCUUGAUGACUUUAGCGUAUUGGGGGGUUAUUGGAGGGACGGUAUCGAUUUUGAACUAGGUAUUCGGGCGUUUAAUUGAAUUAAUUGCGCCCGGAAGAGUUGGGAUUGUUAAAAGAGUG